AUGUCCCGCUCUCAUCGUCUCAGGCAGCAGGCUUUGCUGGCAGCCAUCAGUGAGAAGGAUGCAAACAUCGCCCUGCUGGAGUUAUCCUCUUCCAAACGGAAGAAAUCUCAGGAGGAAGUGAUGGCUCUGAAGAGGGAGAAAGACAGGCUCAUGCACCAGCUCAAACAGCAGACUCAGAGCAGAAUGAAGCUGAUAGCGGAUAACUAUGAGGAAGAUCACAUCCACCCCCAGCAUCAUCCUCACCAUUCUCACCAUAUGCAUCCAGCCAACGUGCAUCACCGAAGCCUGCCAAGAGGGCCCCCCCAUGCCAAUCACCGACCCCCUAUGGACCAGGACGAUGAAGAGGGAAUAUGGGCAUGAUCACCAUCACCAUGGAAACCCUGCAUCCAAUUAUCCACACUGUUUGUAGGUGUAGGCCAGGUACCAAGAUGUUCAAGAGCUUCAACUGCAAGGAACACUGAACCAGCCCAUACCUCCCCCCCCCACCAUCAUGUGAGCAGACCUGUAUAUGAACACAUACCCCAGGAUACAAGAUUUUAAUAUAUUAUGGGAAAGCUCAUUGUUCAGCCGGUCAGAUAUUCUCACAUCUUACCGAUGAAUGUCACCUCUGCUGAUAAAUGCAAUGGCCCACAGAGGGUGGGAGAAUGCCGCCCACAGGACCAUCAGUCAUCAGCGUGGAGCUUCAAGGUAUUGGCAAGCGGCCUUUAUUUCCCUAGCUGUUUUCAAUAGACUGCGAGCUGGAUUCAUUUUACAGUAUUGCGGGUGCUACAGAGUUCUGGCUUAACAUCAACCAGCAAUCACUCCACCACUGUUGACUACUGGUGCGGCUGAGCUCAGACAGUGGAACUAGUUGUAAACCAAUGCCAAUCCUGGACUGGUUUGUGAUGGCAUGAAUUUGUUUACUCCGGCAGUUAAAUAGCAGACUUUUGUAAAUAUGACAACAUGGACCUCAAAAUCCACAGAGACCUUCUCAAUGUACAGUGCCAAAGGAGACAACCCUGUCUGCUGAAACAAAUGACUGAAAUGACUGCAUCUGACUCUUUCCGACUACCCAGUAAACCGCCCUAUAGUUACUAGUUUCUUUGACUAUUCCCCACUUCCUGCCGAGAGAUCAACAAAGAAAGGUACUUUUGGGAUUAAAGAUGCACGACAAAAACUGUUCAAGCAUCAGCUUACAUCUUCGACACACGACUGACCUUAAAUCGGUGAGCAUGGUCUUCUUGUGAAUUUCUCCUUGUGUUCUUUGAACCUGCAUUGCGUUUGUAAACCAAUAUCCCGUCAUCUUAGCUUUUCUACAUCUGAAACAUUUUUGAGUGCCACUUUUCUUUUUUAAUUUUAAAAACUGUGGGUGACUUAUUAUGCUGAUGAGUGGUUUAUUAUUUUGUGGUCUUUUUCUUGAUCCUGUGAAUCUGAGUAGCAAAUCUGUUUAUAAUUAAGUGACUUGCAUUUUAAAGCACUGUGUCAUUACCUUUUUCACUGUACUGGAGGUUAAAGAUAAUGUACAGUGUUGUGUUUUGAUUCAACAGUAACAGCGUUUCCAUUUCGCCCUUACCUUAUGUACAGUUUUUGUACACUGCGUGUGCAUGUGUGUGUGUGUGGUUUCAUGCUGCGCUCAUGAUUGUUACAACUGUGAGGAUUUGGGGGGUAACAGUAUUCACCCUUGACUUGUUCCACAGUGGCUUGCAGUGGUCAGCUUGUUUUUGUUGUUGGAAUAAAAGUUGUUUUCAUAA